AUGUUGAGAGCUGCAUUCACUAGGUUUAGAGCAAACCUUGGUGGUAUUGGUCGUAAACAGAUCAAUAUCGAUGACUAUAACGUAGUCAAGGAAGGAUCUGCUAAGAUCCUAUUUGAAAAAGAAGAAACUGUAUUUUAUAAUCCAAUUCAACAAUUCAAUAGAGAUUUGAGUGUCACUUGUAUUAAAGCUUGGGAUAACUUAUAUGGAUCACGUAAAGGUAAGAAAACUGCUUCUGUACAUAAGAAUGAUAAUGAUACCGAUGAACCUGUCGCUAAGAGACAAAAAAUUGAAAGAAAGCCAUAUAUUAAGAUCCUUGAAGCAUUGUCUGCCACUGGGUUACGUGCCAUUAGAUAUGCUCAUGAAAUUCCACAUGUUAAAGAAAUUAUUGCUAAUGAUUUGCUACCCGCUGCAGUUGAGUCUAUUGAACGUAAUAUUGAAUAUAAUGGUGUUUCCGAUAAAUGUAAAGCCAAUUUAGAUGAUGCAAAUGUAUUAAUGUAUCGUAAUAAAGCUGAAAAUAAGACAUAUAAUGUAAUUGAUUUGGAUCCCUAUGGUACUGUAACACCAUUUGUUGAUAGUGCAAUGCAAUCAAUUGAAGAUAAUGGUCUUAUGUUAGUAACAUGCACCGAUUUAUCUGUUCUUGCAGGUAAUGGUUACCCAGAAAAAUGUUUCGCCCUUUAUGGAGGUGUUAAUAUGGUAGGUCAUGAAUCUACACACGAGAGUGCUUUAAGAUUAGUAUUGAAUUUAUUAAGUCAAACUGCUGCUAAAUAUAAGAAAACUGUUGAACCAUUAUUAAGUUUAAGCAUUGAUUUCUAUGUACGUGUCUUUAUCAGAGUUAAGACAGCUCCGAUUGAAGUGAAAAAUUUACAAUCAAAGACAAUGAUUACAUAUCAUUGUUCACAAUGUGGAUCCUAUCAUAACCAACCAUUAGGACGUAUCACAGAACGUGAAGGUAAGAGAAACCCUUCAAAGAUUCAAUUGAAAUAUAGUGUCGCUCAAGGUCCACCAGUAGAUCGUAAAUGUCAAUUUUGUGGUGGUACAUACCAUUUAGCUGGUCCAAUGUAUGGUGGUCCAUUACAUAAUCAUGAAUUCAUUAAGGAAGUAUUACGUAUCAAUCGUGAAGAGCACGGUGAUGAAAUCUACGGUACAAGAAAACGUAUUGAAGGUAUGUUAACUUUAGCAUCUAAUGAAAUUAGUGAAGCACCAUUUUACUUCAGUCCGAAUCAUGUUGCUUCAAUAUUAAAGUUACAAGUUCCUGCUUUAAAGACUGUGGUAGCGGGACUUGGUUCUUUAGGUUAUGAUUGUUCAUUAACACAUGCUCAACCCUCUACUUUAAAGACCAAUGCGCCAUGGGGAGCUAUAUGGUAUGUGAUGAGAGAAUGUGAUAGUAAUAAAGAUUUGAAACAAAAAUUAAGUAAGAUGAAGAGCGGCACACCAGGUUAUAAAAUUUUAAUGAAUUUAGAUGAAUGGUUAGAAAAUCAAACAAUGUUUGAUAUGAAGAAAUUAUCAUUUGAACAAAAUGAACAAAGUGGAACAGUUGAAAAAUUAAGAAAACUAAAAAUUGUAAGAUAUCAAGAGAAUCCAACUAAAAAUUGGGGCCCAAAGGCAAGACCUAAAUAA